UUCAAGAUAAGUACAGUGUGGGCUGCCAGGGAAGGGAAUGGAGAGCAGCGCAGCCUGAAAAGGGAGCAGCAGGGCCGGUCCCUUCCGAGAAGCUGCACGUACACCCGAGGACAAACCCGUGCUUCUCCCCGCCCCGCGGCAUUGUAACAGGGAACACAUGAAGUGACGGUCCCCGAGUGAAAGCCGCGCUUCUCCCCCAGUAGCAGCAGCCGGGCAGCGGCAGGAGGAGGCGAGAGCCAUGCGGGAAUACAAAGUAGUUGUCCUUGGAUCGGGCGGGGUGGGGAAGUCGGCUCUGACCGUGCAGUUUGUCACCGGGUCGUUCAUAGAGAAGUACGACCCCACCAUAGAGGACUUUUACCGGAAGGAGAUCGAGGUGGACUCGUCUCCCUCAGUGCUGGAGAUCCUGGACACGGCGGGCACCGAGCAGUUCGCCUCCAUGAGAGACUUGUACAUUAAGAACGGCCAGGGCUUCAUCCUCGUCUACAGCCUGGUCAACCAGCAGAGCUUCCAGGACAUCAAGCCCAUGCGCGACCAGAUCAUCCGCGUGAAACGGUACGAGAAAGUGCCCAUGAUUCUAGUGGGGAACAAAGUGGACCUGGAAGGGGAGAGGGAAGUGUCCUACGGGGAAGGGAAAGCCCUGGCGGAAGAAUGGAACUGCCCCUUCAUGGAAACUUCCGCCAAACACAAAGGCUCAGUGGAUGAACUGUUUGCCGAGAUCGUCAGGCAGAUGAACUACUCCUCUCAGCCCAACGGGGACGAUCGCUGCUGCUCGUGUGUCAUUCUCUGAGCCCCGGCCCUUUUACUCUGCACUGACUCCCACUGCCCCGGCACAACUUUACUUAUUCCACUGGCAGGGGCGUGGGUUGGUCCUGGGGGAUCACGUGAUACAGGAGCUACAGUGGGGGGCUCUAAUGGCCUUGGCCUGUUCCAUGCGCCCUGGUCUCUGCUGUACAGGCAAAACCAUGGAGAUGCCUCAGCACCCACCAUUGCCCUGAUUGCAGACAGACCUGGACAGAGCUAACCUCUGGGGUGCAAUUGGGGAGACUGCCUUUGAGGGCCCUGCUGAGUAGCUGUGUUUGGAAGGAAGGAAGAGUAAGGAGAAGGCUAUUGUUUAUGCAGCACCUGUAGUAGAGAAGGAUUGCCCGAAGAUAUGAGUAUAACUGGGGUGUAGAAUGGCAACAUGAAAACUAGCCCAACUUCCGGCCUUCCAGCUACUUUCCAACUACAAUAGCCGGCACCCUGUGUGAGGUUACUACGAGUUGUCGUUGAGAGACAGCUAACUACUAGCCCUACUAACUACAGAGGAUGGGGCCUUGUGGAGGGGUGCUUAAUACUGGGCCCCACCUCUACCAACGACAGGCCUGGAAAUGAGCGCUUGACUAGACCAGCUCCCUACAUUAUUUUCUGAAAGGUGCACAGAAUUGCCCAUAUGAAAUGGAGUCCUAACCCCCCAAGACUUGCAGUUCUUCUGCUGACUUUCAUUUUAGGUAUCUCUAUGCAAAGUUGGAUGAUUGUUACAGAGUAUCCAUUCAGAAGUAUUGGACAUCUAAAAUGAGAUAAAUGAUGCCAACGUGGCUUGGGUGCCCCAGUGUGGUUCCCUAGCGGUUAUGUGUGAUUGUGUGUGUGUGUGUCUGAGAAAUCUAUUUUGUUUACCUGCUGUAUCAUAUGGGGAUUUGGGAAGAUUAUUAGUAUUUUUUCUUAUCAGCUGUGAAAGUGUUACAGAUGUUUGUUUUAUGUGUGCUGGCAAUAACUGAUUUUUGAUGCUUAGCUAUUUAAUAUACAGUGAAUUGACUUAAUUGUGAGCCAGGGUCAGUCGUGCCCUGUGUCCUUAAGAGUGCCUUCAAAAUUCAGCUGUUCCAGCCGGUGCCAACCUGUGAAAAUCCUCAACAAAAUCCCAUUAUCUUCUAUUCUGAAAACUACUUAACAGUUUCCUCUCGGUAAUCACACUGAACAAGCGUGGACAAAGGAAUCUAUUGUCCCUGGAACCUAUUUCUGAGCCUGUUAAUGUUAUUUCCAUGUCUUGCACAUUUUUGGAGGGGACAGUGAUUAACCUUUUCUGUGUCUAGCAGACCAUGCCAACAAGAAUGUAGACUGGCACAGGAAGGGGCUUUUAAGCAUUUGUUUUAGUAUGUGUUCCGCCCCUCUUUUAUGCUCUUACAAUACCAGCAGUGUCGAACAUUGCAAAUCAGCCAGAGAUUACAAAUUGUGAUGUACCAAGACCGUUAACAUGUGUUAUUUUAUUUUCUGGGCAGGCUCCAAAAAAAGCCUGGCUCUUCUGUUUUAAACUAAGUUCAAUACAAAACCCUUUGUGACAUCA